AUGGAAUUUGGGACUACUACAGAAGAGAUGGCACAGGAACGUACAGCUUUGGCACUUGAAAUACUUGAAGCUUCAGUGUUUGACGCAGAGAACAAUUGUUCCAUGUGUUCACGACGCGAACCACCAAGUCCGGAGCCUUCCAUUACUGGCUGGAUUCGGUGCGACAGCUGUAACCGGUGGUUUCAUGCACUGUGUGUGGAGAUGGACACAACACAGCUUGAACAUGCACAAAAUGCACCCUGGGAUUGCUGUUUGUGCAAAGCUUGA